AUGCUGGGGAUUAAAGAGCCUGGGCUGAAGGUGUGGGUGUCAAAAGCGCCUCCAGAAUCAAAAGGGAAAUUAGGAUAUCGGUGGGAACUUGUGGUGGAAAAAGAUGGAACACUUGUUGGUGCCAAUACAAGUCACCCCAAUAAGCUGUUAGAAGAAGCCUGGUAUGCGGGGAAGCUUGGAGACUUAAAUCAAUACACAGAUUUAAAGCGAGAAGUAAAAUAUGGGAAAAAUUCUCGAGUCGAUAUUUUGUUGACCCAUAAAGACAAUGCUUUGCCACCUUGCUAUGUUGAAGUGAAGAAUGUUCAUCUGUGCC